AUGUUUCAACAAUCAUUAGGAAGAAGGAGGAACGUUAUUGCUAGUGUUGAGGAUGAAGGCUGUUGGAUAGCAGAGUGUUCUAUUUUGGCGCAAGAGGUCCUCAACAGUUUUAAGAACAAGAAAGGAAAACAAGGUGUCAUGGCGAUUAAAACCGAUAUGAGUAAAGCGUACGAUAGAAUCGAAUGGAGUUUCCUCCUCAGAGUGUUAAAGGCAAAUGGCUUCAGUGAUAAAGCUUGCAAUUUAAUUAUGAAGUGUGUUACUUCGAUGUCGUAUUCCAUUCUUCUCAACGGGGCUCCAUUAGCUCCCUUCAAUCCUAAGCGUGGUCUGAGACAAGGUGACCCUUUAUCACCAUUCCUCUUUAUUUUAUGUAGCGAGGUUCUAACAAAGUUAAUUGUGAAGGCUGAAAGCAGGGGAGAACUCUCGGGAGUAAAAGUAUCUCGUAAUGCCAUGCCGAUUUCGCAUCUCUUCUAUGUAGAUGAAGCUAUCUUUUUUUGUAAAGCCAAUGUUCAGAAUGCAAAGGCCUUUGCCGAUUGUAUUACUACUUGUGAAAAAUGGUCCGGUCAAGUGGUUAACAAGAGGAAAAGUGGAUUGGUUUUUUCCCCCAACACUCAAUCUAGAUACAAGGAAGAAGUUAAGCAACUCCUGGGCAUGAAUUUUCUGAGUCAAGAAGAGAAAUAUUUGGGAAAUCCCUUCUUUUUCUCGGCUAGCAAGAGAAAAGAUUUCAUUUCAUCAAAGAUAAAAUUCUGGCCCGAUUGGAAGGUUGGAAGGCUAAGUGUCUCUCUCAAGCGGGAAGAACGACACUCGUGGGAGCAGUGUUGCAGAGUAUACCUACUUAUUUCAUGGCCACGGCUAAGGUGCCUUCUACGCUGUGCAAGGACCUUGAUAGAGUGGUGGCCAAAUUCGGGUGGGUGGGAAACUCAAAUAAGACUAGAUAUAGAUCGUUUAAGAGCUGGAAAGAUAUCUGUCAGCCUAAAAACUGUGGAGGAUUGGGUCUUAGACGGUUUCGGGAUUGAGCAGAUAAAGGAAAGCUUUCAUUACACUAGAAGACACAGAUUUUGCAAUGUCUCAGAUUUGUUUGUGGGAGAUUCUAGAACUUGGAAUGAAGACAUUAUCAAGAGCAGCUUCUCAAAUGAAGUGGCAACUGCUAUCUUGCAAAUUCAACCACUUCAGACAAGUUCAGACAUUCUCUUCUGGAAAGCCUCUAAGUCGAGAGAAUUCUGUGUGAAAAGUGCCUAUGGUCUGAGUCAACAACCAAGAUUUCAGGAUAGAAAUUCGGUUUGGAGUGUUCUCUGGAAAUCCUCCAUCCAUCCUCGUCUAAAGCUUUUCCUUUGGAAGAUAUGGUCAGAUAUUUUGCCAACAAAAGUCAGGUUAGGCAUGUGGGAAAAUCAUUGUGUAUUCUGUGGGGAAGUUGAAGAAUCGGCAUUCCAUUUGUUUUGCAACUGUAAUAUCACUAGAGCUCUUUGGUUCCAGAGUAAGUGGGGGUUUCGUAUGGAUAUGAUGAAUUGGACAACUGUUUUGAUUAAGGAAAUUCGGUUGAGGGCUUCGGAGAUGCUGCUCUCUAUGGAGGCAGUGGAAGAGGCUGAGAAUCGGACUGAAAUUCCCAUGGAUUCCAACAUGUAUGUCGAAUUCACCAAGUAUCAAACUGAUGCUUCGGUAGUUUGUUCGAAGGCAGGUCUGGGUGUGGUGGAGAUCGCGAAUGAAGCUCUCCAAGAAUGGUGGGUGGCUGUCGACUUCUCUGAGGUUUCUGGAGUGUUGGAAGGGGAGCUUCGGGCUAUUCAUCUGGCCCUGCUUCAGGCAAGAUCGAGAAAAGUUACUAAGUUGUUGGUGCAAUCCGAUUCGAAGGUAACGGUUUUGGCUCUCAAUUUUCGGAGCUUACCGUUUGCCUGGGGUACUUCUCCUGUUUAUGAAUCCUGUCGAUCUUUAUGUAAGUACUUUGAUCAAGUAAUUUUCUCUUUCGUCCCUCGAAGUGCUAAUGUUCUUGCUGAUUAUCUGGCUGGGUGGGCUAGAAAUGUUUCGGCAUGUAACUCUGGGUUCCUUAGGGAUGUAGCCCCCUUUGUGGCUACAACUUUUGUGUAA